CCCCCCACAGGGACCAUGUCCACCCGGCGCCUCCGCAGCGAGGACUACAAUGACUACAGCUCCACCGACGUCACGCCAGAGGGCAGCCCCCCCGGGGGCAUCAAUGGCUUUGCCCAUCCUGAGGCCUAUCAGCGCUUUGGGGAGACCAAUGGGACAACAUGGUACCAGACCCUGAUCCACCUUCUGAAAGGGAAUAUUGGCACAGGGCUGCUGGGGCUGCCCCUGGCUGUGAAGAACGCUGGCAUCCUGCUGGGUCCUCUGAGCCUGGUGGUGAUGGGAGUUGUGGCUGUGCACUGCAUGAGCAUCCUGGUGAAGUGUGCCCAUCACUUCUGCCACAGGUUCCAGAAGCAGUUUCUGGACUACGGGGGUGCCGUGGUGUACGGGCUGGAGGCCUCUCCCGUCUCCUGGCUGCGGACACACGCCGUCUGGGGCAGGCGUGUGGUGGCACUUUUCCUGAUCGUCACUCAGCUGGGUUUCUGCUGUGUGUACUUUGUCUUUCUGGCCGACAAUCUGAGACAGGUGAUAGCUGCCGCAAACGGGACCAACAACGACUGCAGCCCCAACAGGACAGUGGUCAUGACCCCCACCAUGGACUCCAGGCUGUACAUGCUUUCCCUCCUGCCCUUUGUGGUGCUGCUUACCUUCAUCCAGAACCUCAAGGUCCUGUCCAUCUUCUCCAUGCUGGCCAACGUGGCCAUGUUUGUCAGCCUGGUGGUGAUCUACCAGUACAUCGUCAGGGACAUUCCUGAUCCCCGUGACCUUCCCCUAGCAGCAGCCUGGAAGACCUACCCUCUGUUUUUUGGCACAGCCAUCUUUGCUUUUGAAGGCAUCGGGGUGGUGCUGCCACUGGAAAACAAGAUGAAGAACCCUCGGCAGUUCCCAGCCAUCCUCUACGUGGGCAUGGCCAUUGUCACCAUCCUGUACCUCACCCUGGGGGUCCUGGGCUACCUGCGCUUCGGGGCGGACAUUCAGGCCAGCAUCACCCUCAACCUGCCCAACUGCUGGCUGUACCAAGCUGUCAAGCUGCUCUUCUCCUUCGGGAUCUUCUUCACCUACGCCGUGCAGUUCUAUGUGCCCGCCGAGAUCAUCAUCCCUCCCCUGGUCGCCCGCGUCUCGGAGCGCUGGGGCUGGGUCGUCAACCUGCUCCUCAGGGUGGCCCUGGUCAGCGUCACCUGUGUCCUGGCCGUCCUCAUCCCGCGCCUGGACAUCGUCAUCUCGCUGGUGGGCUCCAUCAGCAGCAGCGCCCUGGCUCUCAUCUUCCCCCCGCUGCUGGAGAUCGCCACCUACUACACAGAGGGGCUGCACCCCCUGGUGCUCACCAAGGACGUCCUCAUCAGCCUCUUCGGCUUCGUGGGCUUCGUGGUGGGGACCUACGAGGCGCUGGUGGAGCUGAUCGCUCCUGCCGCCACCGUCGUGAACACCACCAUGGUGAUGGUGCAGUGA